GACCAGAACCAGGUCUGGUAUGCUGCUGUACUCACAAGCCGUUGUAUGUGAGUCUGAACUUGUGUGAGACUUAUUUUGUGUGAGUCUGAACUAGUGCUUAAGAAAUGAACAACCAGUGUUAUGUUUGUAGACUUCAGGAAGUGCAGAAUUCCUAUGCGUGCAUACAUGUAGCAGUUUUUUUUAACUCUUCAGUGAAGAAGGUGUAAAUCACUGGAUUUACAAUGUGAUGUACUGUUUGCUGGUGGUGCUGUUAGUUACAGUGUGUUGUGGCAUUUUUAAUACAAUAUUAUUUUGCAUUUGUGCUGCGCUGCUUACACUUUUCAAAUAGUGAAUUUUUGGGGAUUUCAUCAUGGUGGAUAGAAGUUGACUUGUAGUAACAGUAUAACAUAUGCUGUUGAAUGAUUUGAUUAAUGAAAACAGAUUUAACAAAAAAGGAUAAGAAAAAUAGCUAAUAAAUUAACUAUAUUGUGUUCAAUUGUUAACAUAAGUUAAUAAAUUAAUAGAAUACUAUUAAUGUGCUACUGGUGAUAGUUGGGCAGUUUGGAACAUCUUUAAUUAAUCUAACUUAAAAUAUUUGGUUAGGUUGUAUUUUGUAUGCUAAAAAAGUGCAUAAAAUAGACAGUAUUGCGGAGACUGUACAAUAACUCACUGGGCACUUGAAAAGCCUUGUUAUCAGUUAAUAUGCUGUAAUCAAGUGGAUAGUUCUGUUUUUUCUCAUGCAUUUUUUACUAAAUUGCAUGAAGGUCAACUGCAUCACAGGUUUUAUGAUGUUUUGUGGUGAUUAAUGACAGCUACUGUGAUAGAUGCAGAUAUAACAACAGAACUGCUUGUCAGCAAAAUUGAUUGGUUGUGGUUAUGUGUAAACCUGUAGGAAAUAUCUUUAUAUGUCUCUGCAAAGGACAAUCAUAGGCAAAAUCACAAAGAUACACGGUUUUCAUUCUGACGGAGAAAUGUAAUUGUAUCGAUUUUUACUAGGAUUUCAAAUUUAACUUAAAGAUGUCAGAUUCCAGUGACACAGCAUUUUUAAGUGUAUUAAUAUCUUCUAUUUUUUAUAUGGCAAGUAAGCUACUUUGAACUGUCCAGUACAUUUAGUAUUAAUUGUGUUAUGCUUAUAAAUAAGUUGUGAUCCAAUGGAUUAAGUGAUUACUACUACUGAAAUUGUAACCAUGACAACUAUGUACCCAUAUAUGGCGGGCGCAGACAGUUGGUAUCAGGAUGAGGAAGACCCGUAUACCUCACCAUACGGUGAAGUCCCAAUAUGCAGCUCCCGGGCAAAUGUGAUGACGUACGAUGAUGGCUCCAAGAAGUGGAUCCCGUGCGGUAACGCACCUGGCCUGUCCAAGGUGCAGAUCUACCAGCACACCGUCAACAACACCUUUAGAGUUGUGGGCAGGAAACUAGCAGACCAUGAGGUGGUAAUAAAUUGCGCAAUACUGAAGAACUUGAAGUACAACCAGGCUACGCCCACAUUUCACCAGUGGAGGGACAGCAGGAGCGUCUACGGUCUCAACUUUGCCAACAAAGAGGAUUCAGACACAUUCUCCAACGCAAUGAUGACAGCUCUGGACAUUCUCAACAAUCAAAGCAGACCGACGUCUGGCCCUCCCCAACCACCAAUGAAUGCGCCACCACCUAGCUACCAACAGAUGAAUUACACACAACAGACAAAUGGACCGCCAGCAUUCAAUGAUCAAGUUGAAAUAAGACCACCAAGACAGCCAUCUGGAGGAGCUCCAGCAAUUUACCAGACAUAUCAGGAGCCACCAGCGCCAGUAUCAGCCCCCGUGGCACCUCCAGUGUCAACAAUUCCCACCCCUCCCGUUGUCCUUGCAGCGCCACCAUUCUCGGGGCCACCAUUACCACCGGCAGGGGGCCCACCACCCGCACCUCCCCCGCCCCCCGCGGGCGGACCUCCUUUACCUCCAGCAGGCAGAGGUCCCCCUGCCCCUCCCCCGCCCCCUGCACCUCCCAGCAUCGAGGGUAUGGGUGGAGGUGGGGGUCUGGCGGCGGCCCUAGCUGAAAAGGCCAAUAGGCUGAAAAAAGUCAGCACUGAACCAGCAGCCCCAUCUGACAGUGCUGCCUCAGGUCGACCCCCUGCUGGGGGUGGUGUGGCGAAUGCAGGGAGGAGUGUUGGGGGCGGCGGACCAGUAGAUCACAUGGCCGAACUGGCAAAGAAGCUUCAGCGGAGGAAGAAUAUAGAAAAUCCUCAAGAAGCCCCCAGUGCUCCCCCACCCAUCCGCACGGUGAGCCCCUCACCGCCCCAAGAAAGAGUCUCUGGGCACGCAGCAUUUGAUAAGCCUGCAACCAAUGGGAACAAAGCCAAUGGCAUGCCCUCACCUGUCUUUCCUAGAAGUGCCGUUAACAAGUUUGGUACACUUCCUGCUCGAAUCAAAGGACCCGGGUCUCCAGCAUUCGUCAGGAGAACUGAUUCAUUGAAAGGGAGCCAGGUAGAUGGAGCAAUGCCGCCAAACAAGACUUCAGAUGAGCCCAGUGCAAUCUCCAGCAGUGAACUUGAGACACUCAAACAAGAAAUUCUCGCAGAGAUGAGGAAAGAGAUCAAUCAAAUGAAACAGGAAAUUUUAGAUGCUAUACGUGACUCAGCUAGAUAGAACCUAGCAAGAAUUAUGACAGUGACAUGGUUUUUAUUAGAUGGAAACUUCCUGAUAUAAUGUGGGAGUGAUGGAGCUGCAAUAGAAUCAAACGAUAUUU